AUGGACAACGCCCCUUGCCAUAACCAAGCCGCAGUAUUUUCCAACGUCAAAUUGGUACGGCUGCCUCCGAAUUGUUCUUCGAUGUUACAACCCAUGGAUCAGGGCGUGAUUUGGUCUUUCAAAUGUUCGUUUCGGAAACAUUUACUGGAAUAUGUUUCAUCUUUGAUCGAAGAUGAGAAAUGUAUCAUGAAAGCCGAGGUGGACAUUCUCAUGGCCAUGCAUCUGAUCAAGAAAGCUUGGGUGUCUGUACACCCACACGUACUGAUCAACGCUUUCAUGAAAGCAGGGUUCAAAUCCACAUUGAUUCAGCCGGUGAUGCAGCCACCAGAGGAUAAAUGCGAUCUGAUCGAGGACCUUACACAUUAUACGUCUACUGAUGACCGUCUUUUUGAAGAAGAAAUCGCCUGUUUCGAAGAUGAUGAUGAAGAAGUGGGUUAUUUAAAAUUUUUGUAUCAAGUCUCUUUUUAG